AAAAUAUAGAAUGGCAGCAGCGUUUUGCAUGAAAGGGAAAGGGAAUGUGCAUUUCUUCCACUUGAGUCUUUCUUUCCUAUAGUAUGUGUGCGUGUGUGAGUGUGUAGGGUAGGGAGUCAGCAGGUAUGUUUCAACUGUUCCUCAACUACGUUUGAGCCACAGAAGAGAUGAGACUUCACUGCUUUAUUCAAAGUUCUCAGAGCUCUCACAGCGGACUGCCUUUGCAAGUUCUUGGUGCUCCGAAAAUUGGGAAACCUUGCAGGCUCCAAAGAUCCUGGGGUCAUCUCCAAGUUCUUUCAUGUGCAACAGCUGCAAGAGAAUUGCAAUGCAGGGUCGUUCGGAGAAGAUCCGAUGUCAGCAAGGUUUCAAAGGCAAAAGCGAGAAAUUACAGAAGGCAAAAUGAUGUUGUUGACAGUAUUGACUAUAAAAGCAACAAAAUUUCAGUCCAUGCAGUGGGGAAGAAGGGGCUGGGUGUGAUUGCGACAUCAUCUAUCAAGUGUGGAGAUCUCUUGCUUGAAGAAGCCCCUUUGUUGAUUUUUCAAAAGCAAUCUUUUGAUGUUUUGUUUGGGGAUUUGCAAGAUGUACUGGUGGAUGACACAUCUUUCGACCAUUGGGAAGAGAGUUUGACUGAAACUUUGCAGAGCAAAUGUGAUGAAGAAGUCCGUGCCCAAUUCUGGGAUUUGGCAGACACAUGUUGUGCAAAAGACAAGACUGCUCUUGGAAUAGCUCGCACGAAUGCGAUUGGACUAUCAGAUGAGUCGGCCGGAUUGUUUUUGCUUUUAUCCAGGUUUAAUCACAGUUGCAAGCCGAACGUGCACAAUAGCUGGCAGGAAGACAGAGGAGUUCAAGUUUUGAAGGCGACUCGAGACAUUUCCGAGGGAGAAGAACUAUGCAUUUCCUAUUUGUCUUUUCUAAACUUGUGUGCUCCAACGCGCGAAAGAUUGGGAGAAUUAAGCGAUCGCUUUGGCUUUGACUGUUUGUGUGAAGCGUGCUCUCGGGUUCAGAGUGAAAGUGAUUGGCGGCGAGAAAGGCUAUCGCAACUUUGCGAAGCAUUCUCUCGGGAUGAGGCGAGAAACCAUGCAACUGCAACAAAUGAUUCUGAGGAUGGUGUGAUUUUGCUAAGAUUGAAGAAGCGAAUGCCAUUAUUUUUUGAAGUAAAAGAGGAGGAGAUGUCUCGAAUCAGUGCCGAGGCAUCUCAAAUGAGAGGUCCAAAUGAGGCCAAGAGGGACGGCUUGGAGGACUUUGUUGAAUCAAUGAACAUGCGAGAUGGACUUCGAGAGACAACCGACUUGAUAGAGCAGGAGUUUGCAGGAAACCCUGCAGCUUUGUCCUUGAUUUUUUUUGGUGCCUUCCGCAGAGCUGCUGGAGUUGGGCGAAAAUCUGCAGCCAAAUCUUUGGCAAAAGCGGCGUGGAAGGCGACUGUUGCUUCAGAAGGUUCGUCUUGGAGAGCUGAGCUGCUCAAAACUCUCGCAUCUGAUGGAAAGCCCUGAAGAAAAUCAUCAAGACAGUUGUUGCCAGCGAGCUUCACCGUCCAGUUUGUGAGCACAAUGCAGACAGAGAUUCGGCUAUUUCUGACUUGACCCGCAUUUCUUUUGGUGGAGUGCACAAAUGCUGUGCUUCACACAGUCCACUGUACACAUCCGGGAAUGCGAGAAGAACAAACAAAACUGCUGAAAGACUGAAC